CGCGCGCCUGUGACGUCGCGUGUGAAGCGGUGUGACUCCCUUACACACGCACCCACUCCAGAUCCACGGAGUGAAGGAUGCUCGCAGUGUCUUUCCCUAGCACUCCCCCAGCAGCACCAUGUCCACAGUGAUGAGCGGGUUGGUGAAUAUGGCGAGUCUCGCGGAUUUCGAGCCGCUCGCGGGAGUGAUCCCCGCCACUAAAGUUGAGAUCACCGUGUCGUGCAGAAACCUCUUGGACAGAGACACCUUCUCAAAGUCGGAUCCAAUUUGCGUGCUGUACACUCAGACGGUGGCGAACAGGGAGUGGAGAGAGUUUGGCAGGACAGAAGUCAUCGAUAACACACUGAAUCCAGACUUUGUGCACAAGUUCAUCCUAGAUUACUUCUUCGAAGAGAGACAAAAUUUACGCUUUGACCUGUAUGACCUUGACUCAAAGAGUGAAAACCUGUCCAAACAUGACUUCCUGGGCCAGAUGUACUGUACUCUGGGAGAGAUGGUGGGAUCUCAGGGAAGUCGUAUGGAAAGGCCACUCAUAGGCAUUCCUGGGAAGAACUGUGGAAGUAUUCUUGUGAAAGCUGAAGAACUUGGAAAUUGUAGGGAGUCAGUACUGAUGCAGUUUUGUGGCAACAAACUGGACAAGAAAGAUUUCUUUGGAAAGUCAGACCCUUUCCUGGUCUUUUACCGUAGCAAUGGAGAUGGAACAUUUACCAUCUGUCAUAAGACGGAGGUGGUGAAAAACACACUGGACCCUGUAUGGCAGGCUUUCAAGAUCCCAGUCAGAGCGCUGUGUAACGGGGAUUAUGACAGAGCAAUAAAAAUCGAGGUGUAUGACUGGGACAGAGAUGGAGGUCAUGACUACAUUGGAGAGUUCAGCACCAGCUACAGGGAGCUCUCCAAAGGCCACUCUCAGUUUACUGUGUGGGAGGUGCUGAACCCCAAGAAAAAGAAAAAGAAGAAGAAAUAUCUAAACUCAGGAACCGUCACUCUGCUGUCCUGCUUCAUUGAUGUUGAGGUCACGUUCCUGGACUACAUCAAAGGAGGCACGCAAAUUAAUUUCACGGUGGCGAUUGAUUUUACUGCGUCAAACGGCAACCCUUCCCAGCCUACCUCUCUACACUACAUGAGCCCGUAUCAUCUGAAUGCGUAUGCACUGGCACUCAGAGCCGUGGGGGAGAUUAUUCAGGACUAUGACAGUGAUAAGCUGUUCCCUGCACUAGGGUUUGGUGCAAAACUACCACCCGAUGGCCACGUGUCUCAUGAAUUUCCCCUGAAUGGGAACCCAGAUAACCCAUACUGCAGCGGGAUAGAGGGCGUUCUAGAAGCGUAUUACCAGAGUCUGAAGUUUGUUCGUCUCUAUGGACCAACAUACUUCUCCCCUGUCAUUAAUCAUGUAGCAAGAUAUGCAUCAUUAGUAAAGGAUGGUUCAGAAUACUUCAUCCUCCUCAUCAUCUCUGAUGGGGUCAUCUCCGACAUGGCGCAAACUAAAGAAUCUAUCGUAAACGCCUCAAGUCUUCCCAUGUCAAUUAUAAUCGUUGGAGUCGGGCCGGCCGAAUUUGACGAGAUGAUUGAACUAGAUGGAGAUGAGGUCAGGAUAUCAUCCAGGGGUCGCUUUGCAGAGAGAGACAUUGUGCAGUUUGUUCCUUUCCGAGACUACAUUGAUCGCAGAGGGAAUCACAUUCUCAGCAUGGCCCGUCUGGCCAAGGACGUUCUUGCGGAAAUCCCAGACCAGUUCCUCCAGUACACGAGGAGCAGAGGCAUCAAACCUCAGCACUCGACACACUCCACCUCGUCCAAACCCCCGUCGACACUCGUGCACCCGCUGCAGACGCAGAUCUGAGUGAUCGCACAAACAUACGGUUCACUGUCACUCUCAGGAUCACACACGGCCUGUCUGAGUGAGACGCUGCUCUUGCACAUGCUGUCUUUCAGUAUGUAGGGUGACGUUAGGGAACUUUACGCCCGGCACUGUCCUUUGUCGGGUGUACUGAGGUUUCGGAAGGUGUUUUAGACUGUUUUAAAGUAUCGAGUGGCCUCUUCUGUCAGUCAAACAUCAGAUAUGACUCCACAGUCUCUGUCUCUCACAUAUUAUUUCCGGAUCUUGUGUCUGACAAACUUCAACAGACGUUUACAAUUGUACCGUUUUUUACAAAUGGAUGUUUUUUUGUACCUCAUGAAAACUCUGAGCUGCUUAACAAUGGAAUUUACUCAUUUUAUUACAUGACGUUGUAAAUAGAGCGAGUGUGAUUUUAGA